GGAGGAAAAAAAAAAAGGAAAGAAAAAAAAGAAAAACACACACACGCACACACAUAAAUAAUAGGUAGUACUACAGAAGAGCCUUUACUUGUCCUUCUCCUCCUUUCUCUUUCCUCUCUAUUCCUUACUGAAAUGAGUGAACAACUCAGCUGAGACUCGUCCGAUUAUUAAAUUAUGUGAAGGCAAGAGAAACGAUGAGCAAAGUACCUUGUAGCAUCUGGUUCAUAGCAAAGAUAACUCAGUAGAAAUGGGGGGCUGCUGUUGUUGCUGUGCUUCAAAAGCAGAGGAACUAAAUAAUGCUCCCACUUUCUACCAUUAUCCAAGGGCUGGACAAGAACAUCAGACCCUACCACCUUCAAAUGGCACAGUAUCUUCACUUUCGACUGGGCUAUUAGUUGACACCAACCUAGACACUUCAAUACCGGAAACUUAUAGAGCACCUCCAGCGCCAGUGCCUUAUGAAACAUAUGUUGGACACUCUCGAUCAUCUCUUGCUGAUCCACCUAGUCAUGGUGACAAGAAUGAAACAGUGCAACUCGCACAGAAGGCUGUUGAAGAAACAAAUUCUGGAAUCACUCAAGAAACUACAGUCAAAAUUGUGAAGUUGGAUGGAAAUGCAACUGUUGAGCUUACUGCCACAAAAGAUGUGGAAAAUGAUCUUGAACAAUCUGGCGAGCUUAAGAAGCCUGGUGAACUCAUAGUAAAAUCCCUGCUGGAGGAGGAGGAGGAUGUUUGUCCAACCUGUCUUGAAGAAUAUGAUUCAGAGAAUCCAAAAAUUAUUACAAAAUGCGAGCAUCAUUUUCACUUGGGAUGCAUUCUUGAAUGGAUGGAAAGGAGUGAUACUUGUCCUGUCUGUGAUCAGGUGAUGGUUUUCAGCACUGGUGAUGAUGCUUAAGCUCUAAGACAGAAGGGUAUUAAGUCAGGGAUGCGUGAGGGUUGAGCAUUUAUAGUACACCUCUUUUUCUUUUUUUCUUUUUUUUUUUCUUUUUUGGUGUUGAAUGGUAGUCAUAGCUUUGCCUAAAAUUUCUCUUUGUUUUGUUAAUAUGUCGCCCGAUUCUUUUAUUUUGAUCGAGGAGAAUCAAAGAAGGAAAAAAAAAGAAAAAAGAGAAGUAAUGAGCAGGAAGAAAAGCUGAAACAGAAAGUGGAUGGUUUUCUAUGCUACAGUCGAUUCCUUUACAUUCUCAGCGUAUCCAACAUUGUCCAGGAGGUCUCUCAAGUUAUUAACCAGGAGUCUGGCACUGGGAUAAGGGGGCAUGAAAUCCUUGUUUUGUCCUGUUAGUUUUCUCAGUCUGCUGCCGUGGUUUCUUCCUCCCAUGCCCUCUCUUUUGUUUGCUUAUGCGCAGUUUCUCUUCAACCAGCUUGGAUUUUAGGGAUUUGCAUCAAGCUGGAUCUGUAAAUUUCGUAGGCGGUACUUACGUUGAGGUUUCUGGUUGGUAGUGGGGAUCGCAUCAUUGUAAGGAAAGCAAAAGAAUUUUGAAGGACCGGGUGAAUAUUUUAGAUUGAUUCAUGUGUAUAUAGAGAAGCAUUCAUGAGCCAUGCACAAUCUUAGUAUGCUUUUUCUUCACCUGUA